AUGCAUCGUGAAAAACUUGAAGAGCAGAAAGACAUCUUGCGUCAAAUCGCUGAAGCUAGCGAUUCGAUUCGCAGAAAGCAUCGAAUGAUAAAAUUGGGUAAAGAGAAUGUCGAGCAUGCGAUGAGUGAAGUGUUCAAACCGGUAGUGACUCUACUGCAGAAACUAGUGAACGUAUCUCAAACAGAGCAUAAUACUAUAAAAGAUAAGAUUAGAGAUGAAAUCAAAGAUGAAAUAAAAGAUAAUGUAGGAAUGAAUGAUACGUUUGAAACAACGAAUGAAUCCUUUAAUACGCUCAAAAAUGAUUCCACUAUCGGGGAAAUCAGUGAUAUUCAAGAUGACGAUAAUGAUGAUGAUGAUGAUGAUGAUGAUGAUGAUGGUGAUGAUGGACACAAGAAUGAUGAGGAUUUACCCGUUAAUCGAAAUGAUUCGAUGCAACGGUAUCUUAAUAUGCUGCUACCAAGGCAGAAUAAACAAUUGAGUACUGUCUAUGGUGUGCGUAAACUUUCCAAGAAGAAGUUGGUGGUUGGAGAUUCACCUAUAAGUUUUGAGGGUGAUCAAAUCCAUAUAGGCGAUACCAGUUAUCCGAAAACUAACGGUUUGAUUGAACUCGUAUUCAGGAAGAUACCUAACGAAGCUCAUGUAACCCAGGAUGACUUGAACAAUUACAAAAACAUUAUCAUAAGAACGAAUGCAUAUAAAAAGUACUAUGAACCUGAUGGUGAUAUUCGUAGGAGCAAGAGUUUCAAAUUUAAAAAUGUUAUUACAAAACAAUGGUAUGGGCAAAGGUAUUAUACCACGUUACAUGAUCGCUCCUAA